AGGGAGGGAGGUAGGGAGAGGCAGCGUGUGCAUGUGUGAUGAGCAAUAGCUGUGGACCUUCCAGUCGCUGCUAACUGCCCUAGCGUGUGUGUGUGUGUGUGUGUGAGAGAGAGAGAGAGAGAGAGAGACAGAGAGAGAGAGAGAGAGGGAGGGAGGGAGCGGAGAGGGUGGGGGGGAGAGAUAAGAGAGAGAAGAGGAAAAGGAGAGAGGAGAAGGAAGGAAGAAGAAGGAAGGAAGGGGACAAUACGAUCAUGCUGUGCUGUAUGAGAAGAACAAAACAGGUUGAAAAAAAUGAGGAUGGGGACCAAAAGAUUGAGCAAGAUGGCAUCAAACCAGAAGAUAAAGCUCAUAAGGCAGCCACCAAAAUCCAGGCCAGCUUCCGUGGACACAUAACAAGGAAAAAGCUCAAGGGAGAGAAGAAGGGAGAUGCCCCAGCAUCUGAGACGGAGGCCACCGACAAGAAGGAGGAAGGCCCUGCUGGCGGAGCAGCUGAGAACAAAGAGAGCGAGGCUCCCGCUGCCACAGAAGCGGCUGCCGCUGACAGUGCCCAGCUGGAGGAGGGCAGCAAAGACAGCAGCGCGCCAGCGGAGGAGAAAAAAGGGGAUGGAGCUGCCGAGGCGGGCUCGGAGCAGCCAGCCCCACAGGCUGCCACUCCUGCUGCGUCCUCGGAGGAAAAGCCCUCUGCUGCCGCCGAAACGGAAAGUGCCACUAAAGCUUCCGCUGACAACUCGCUGUCCUUGAAGGCUGAUGAAGCCCAAGACAAAGAGGAGCCUAAACAAGCCGACGUGCCUGCUGCUGACACCACUGCCACCGCCACCCCUGCCGCAGAGGAUGCUACUGCCAAGGCAACAGCGCAACCCCAAAUGGAGACAGUGGAGAGCAGCCAAACCGAAGAGAAGACAGAUGCUGUAGAAGAAACCAAACCUACUGAAAGUGCCCAGCAGGAAGAGGUGAAAGAAGAAGAGAGCAAGGCGGACCAAGAAAAUGCCUGAACAUUAAGAAAUUACUCCCCACUGCCCCUCCCUCCCUCCCCCUAUCCUUUAUCCUUCCUUCCCGACCCCAAUCUCCAUCUCCCCCUUUUCCCGCUCACAUCUGUGAGCCCGUCCAUCCCUCUCCCAUUCCCUCUUACAAAAACCCUUUUUCUCUCUGUGUGGCAAACAUUUAAAGAAAAGAAAAGAAAAGAAGACAAAAAAAAAAAAACAAAAAAAAAAAAAAAAAAAAAAGCAGGAAAAAAUCCCAGUCAAACAGUGUGGCUUAAACAUUUCUUUGUUUCUUGGUGUUGUUAUGGCGAGUUUUUGGUAAUGAUGAUCCAAUCAUUUUGGGAAACUUCUUGCACUGUAUCAGAGUUCUUUGACCUGGCGCGUGCGUGUGUCUGUCUGCCCACUGUGAGCGCUCUCUCCUCCCUCUCUCCCUCCCUCCCUCCUCUCUCUCUCUCUCUCUCUCUCUCUUCUCCAAGCGUGUGUGUGUGUAUGCAAUGUUACGUUCAUCUGAGGAGUCCAAACUUACCAAGUGAGUUAAAGCAAAAUAAGAAAGGGAUUAAAAAAAAACCCAACCCCAAAACAACCAACAAAAACCAAACCCAAAACAUUCCUUUUCUUCCUUUUUCAAUGUGGUGGAAGGAGCAAAAGGGAAAGAAAAAGCAAAGAGGGAAAAAAAAAAAAAAAGAGAGACCAAAAGAAACAAAUCCAAAUCCAACAAACAAAAUGUAUUCUAAAUGCCAGUUUGUUUUCAGCACUAAACUGACAACAAGCAAAAAAAAAGAGGGGGGAAAAAAAGAAGUGCCAAUUAGCAUCAUUCUUGGCUCCAGGCUCCUUUUUCAAACUGAAGGAUGCUACGUUCAUCCGAGGAGUCCAAACUUACCAAGUGAGUUAAAGCAAAAAAAAAGAGAAAGGGAUAAAAAAACCAAACAAACAACCAACAAAACCCAAAACAAUUCCUUUUCUUCCUUUUUCAAUGUGGUGGAAUGAACAAAAGGGGAAAGAAAAACCGAAACAAAAUCAAAUCCAACAAACAAAAUGAAUGCUAAACCCCAGUUUGUUUUCAGAACUAAACCGACAACAACCAAAAAAAGAGGGGGAAAAAAAAGCAGUGCCAAUUAGCAUAAUUCUUGGCUCCAGGCUCCUUUUUCAAACUGAACAAUAAUUAUAAUAAAUGAGAAUAAUGAUCAUUAAUACCACCGUGUCGCAUUUCUAUGCUGCCAUAGUUACUCCUGGCCUGUGGUCUUUGGUGGGCCACUUCUUGUGUGGCCCUGCUGUGCUCCUUGGCCACCAGUCGGUGACCAAUGGCUUUCCCUGGGACUUCUAUGGGGACUUUUAAAGGAAGCAGGCUUGGAUUUUUGAAUGAAGCGUUAGCACUAACAUAAAUAAUCUAACGUAAUCAGUUUUAGGAAAGAACAAAAUAAGUGGCCCUCUAGGCCCUGUUUUGGAGCAGCAUGAUGAGCCAGCAGAGGGACCCUUAGAGUCCGCACUGAAGGCCUGAGCCCUGCUGAGGUGCACUGAGAGGACAGGGUCCUGGGGCCUGAGCUCCACCUGGAUGAUGCUCACACUGUUGGGCUGAAGUUGGAGAAGUCAUUAGGAAGCAUAGUGUGGCCCUCCAAAAAUGUUGUGUUUGGCCACAUGAGUUGGGCCAAGGCAUUGAAUAGCUAGGCACAAGGGCAGGACAAGGUCUGGUGAUGUAGAAGCCAGUCAAUGGCACUUUGAGAAAUACCUCAUUCUUGCUCCAUGGUGAAGCUCAGGAUGGUUCACUCAGCUCUAACGAGGCCCAAGGCUUUUAGCUGUCAUUUAUGGCUUUCCAGCCGCUGGCUAAAGGCAUGGCAUAGGCUUGACAUCGUGGGCAGAGCACCACCUCAUCAAUCUCCACUACUGCUUUCCAUGGGGUGCAGGAUGUUCCCUGAUGUGCUCCAACCGCACGCUUGCUAGACCCAGCUUGUCCCACUGGAGGACUGGCAGAUGUCCAGCUCUGAGCCUGAACAGCUGUCAGGGUCUGCUGCUCUGUUUGUGAGCUGCAAAAGUGAAGAGUCAAAAUGUGUUCAGUCAUAACUGGGCUUUUUUGAAAGCCCAGUUACUGAUCUUUCACGUCCCUGAUUGUUUUCAUGUGCUUUCCCACCAGCCUGUGCAUGGUUUCCUGGCCGCAUGGACAAUGACAGCCAGCACACCCUGCAGGAUACAUUGCGGUACAUUGCUGCAGGACCACAAUUAAAUCGGCCUUACAGCAGUAAACACCAAAACGAAGGGUCUGCUGACAGCCCUAAUGUGGCUGAGACUUGGAGUGGAAGCCCUGCUGGCCUUCAAAGGGCUGGCUGUCCCUCACUGCCCUUUAUUCUCUUCCAUCUCUUUGUUGGAAAUAGGGAGAAAAGAUGAUGCUGUCCCCUCAGAGAUGAUUGGUUUGAACGUAGCCCGCUUGCUGGAAGUGCCAUCAAAACACAUCAGGAUUCAUUUCCAUGUGCUUCCUGGCUUUGUGUAGAAACGAGAGAGAGCGAGAGUGGGAAGGUUUUGAAAAAGAGAGGGAGAGAGUGGGAGAGAGAUUGGACAGAGGUUUUUAAAAGCAGGGAUUAGCGAGAGGAGAAGGGGAAAGAUUUUCGAGUGGAUAGAUGCAUGAUAGGGAGAGAGAGGGGAGUAUAGCUAGAGUAAGAAAGAUUAGAGUGAAUAAGAUGAGAGAGAGACAGGAAGAAAUUAGAUAAUAUGGAGCAAUAGACGAUUGAUAGAGAUAGUGAAACAUAGCUAGCUAAAGUAGAUUAGACAGACUCAAUAGGUAGAAAGAUGGGCUGACUGACAGAUAGGUAUUGUGUCAUACUUCAUAAACAAUAUAUAUGCUAAUAUUCCCAUGUCAUGAUGGGUGGUAAACCCUGAGACACCUUCCAGCCUGACCUCAAUUCAGCAAAUGUAGCGCGGACAUCAGGCAUUGCUUGGACCGUAUGUCAGGUCUCACCCACCCUGCCCUUUUCUGCUGUGGAAGUGGCAGGGGGGUGGAUGGUGUUUGGGGAGGGAGAGCGCUCUGAUGGACACGGUGGGGCUGAGGCGUGGGGAGGAGAGAUGUAGAGUAUGUUUGCUGUUUGUAGCACACAAGAUGCCCAGCCCAGCUGGCCAACGUUGCAGGCACCUCAUAUCUCGAGCACCGAGUCGAGAGAACUGAGGUUCAGCUCUCAGGAUUUGUGGGAGAAGUGUUUGGGAGGAGGCAGGAAGGCGAGAGCACGGUUUUUGUUUAGCCUCAUCUCCAGUCAUGACCGUUUACAACAGUCUUCUUAAGGACUGCCAUGUGUGUUUCUGCAAAGACCACGUGGUCUCUCUGCGCUUCUGACCCCACACUUUUCAUCUUGCCUCCACUUUACUAUUACUAUUUUUAACUUUAUAAAGGAAAAGAAAACUGCCUCUCAUGUCUUCCUGGACAGAGGCCUUCCUCCCUCCUCAAAAAGAAAAACAAAAAAAAAACACAACCAGAAACAUUUUUGUCUCCCCAGGGAUGUUUUCUCUUUGUAUGUCGCACGUUGCCUCCCCCUUGGCUGCCGGCUGGGGCAUUGCGCGCGUUCUGUCACCGUUCCUAAGGACAGGACUUUGUCACGUUGCUUAGAGAGCAAAGGGUUGGGGUUUGGGUUUAGCUCCCCCCCACACACACACACAAAGAGAACGGGAUAUGUGGUUACCAACUGCAAACCUAAAUAAUUCGAAUACUGAAUCCUCUCCCUUGGUUCCAGUGUAAAACUACUGGCUGUAACCAAGCACACCCCCCCCCCAGUCUUUCUUAUUGUACCGUGUCCUGAUCCUGCCAGAGAGUUAGGGCAAAGAGAGCGUGAGAGAGCGAGUGCACAGACAAACCCUGCCUUGAGCAGGCAGCGGUUUCAUGUGUAAUACACAAGAUUUGUAUAAGAAGCUGGGCUGUCUUCUGCAUACAGGAAGAGAGCAGAGAAAAGCGUUUGGAUUUCCUUGAGUUGCCUCUUCAGGCAGUUUUUAAAAGGCUAAAAGGAAACAGUACAAAGGAUGUAGCACGAGACGGAAACUGGAAGGAGAAGAAGGGUAUUUGAGGAAUGAUUUUUCUAGCAGGAUAUCAAGUGAGCUGAAAGCAACACCAGAGGCAGGAGGUCCCAGAAAGUAAAGAGUGGAGCAAAGAAUAUGCAGCAGAAUACUUGGAGCUUUUUCUACUGCUCCUGCUGCGACACCCAACAGGAAUUCCCCAGGGAGAGCAUGGCUAAUCCUCUCUCCUUGAAGAGGAUAUAGUUUUUCCUGGAGGUGUCUGUGAUGGUUACUUUAUGUACCGAGAGGGAAGGCUAUGUCAGAAUGACUCACACGGAGAGUACAGUGCCUACCCUCAAGAGUGCUGUAGAAAUUCAGAGUCCAACUGGGGCUUUUUCCAUGCCUCUGUAGUAAGAUGUGCUAGUGACCCACACCUGUGCUGAAUGCUUGUAUCAGCUGUAGGCCAGCUCUUGCCAUUUCACCUCAUCUAGACUGAACCUUGGAAAAGAAUGAAACAUCCCAAUCUACCACCCCUCACCAAUGCAGUAGAUCAUUAGCAUGACUUUGGUCUGCUUUGCAACGCUUGUGACAUCCACAGACCAUCUUGCAUUGAUAGCAUAGGAAACCCUGCAACCCUUGUAAUCGUUGCAUCAGCCAAGAAGCUCCACUGCGAGCCACAUUCCAAAGGGAGGGGAAGGGCAUCUUGCUGAGAUCCCUUCAGACCCAGUGCUUUCCAGUCCCAAAUCCUAAAUGCAGCCCCAUGAGAGGCCUUAGCUAGAAGGAACUCACCUGUGGUGACAACAUAAACACCAUCACUUGGGGAACAUGUUGUUUUAAAUUAAAAAACAACCAAAAAACCAAGAAAAGGCCAUGACUGGAGGAGAGGGGUUUAGAAAGAAAGAAAAGAAGAAUAAAGAGGGAGUUCCAACCCAGCUCCCCCUGCGAGUUAGUUCUUUCUUUUCUGUGGUGUCCAGAUGGCAAACUAGCACUCGAGGCUCUUUUGUACUGAAAGUCUGGUGUUUGUCAUAGGUGUUUUAGGAAGGCAACAGUGUGGCUGUGGUUUGCAGAGGUGGAGGGAAGGGUCUGAAUGAAUGUUUGUGUGGACCCCCUUGGCUAAGGCGUCUGUUUGGUGGUCACCUGCAGCUAGCUCUGCGACGCGGGGAGUGGUGGUGGGAGUCCUCUUCCAGGCCAGUGCUCAGAUUCCCUGCUUUUCCGCAUCGCCACAUUAGCACUUUCACUGGAUAUUUAGAGCACCUCAGGACUGGUUCUCCUCUCGCUCACACUGGGGUAACUCAGGAGUCACUCCACUGGAACCAGUGGUGUUAAUCUGGUGUGAAAAUACUGCGAGAGGAGGAUUCAACUCCUCGCGGGGAGGGGGGGGAAUUUUCCAGGCCCCCAGUGGGGAGAAAAAAAUCAAUGGGAGUUACAUGUCUAACUGCCACUUGUGCCUGUGAAGUCUGCCCCUAAUCUACCCAUAUGUAUAUAGGGUACAGUUUUCAGAAUAACCUAAGUGACAUGGGAGCUUGAGAGCAUGCAUUUCACUGCCUUUCAAGGAGACAUCAGCUCCUAAGGCCCAGAUGCCAAAGGAUGGUCAAACUUCUUCUCCCUGCAGUGAAUUUUGGGUCCCAAGCCUAAAAUUCUCUGAUGCUUUCCCAAACCUGGAGCUGAAGACUGUGAGUCAUUUAGGUGGUCCUGAAAGCACUACCCUCUAUCCAUUUUUCAGGGUGUCGAUCUCAGGUCAUGUGCGAGCCUGCAUGCUUACCUACAAUGCUUUAUUACUACAUUCCUCUGACGAGCAAUACUUGGAAGAAGAGGUGAAGGUCGUGAUUUAAUAGAACAGGCUAGUGACCCCAGUGGCUCACAUCUGGAGCGCCCAGCUUGAGAGACACUUCAUUGGGGCCCGAUCCACAGGUUCCUUGUGUACUUUGAACAUCAAGAUUCAUGUAUUACACACCCAGAACCACUGGCCACUUCCAAAAAAAAAAGGAAAAGGAAAAAAAAAAAAGAAGAAAAAUCCUAGCCCAAGACCUAGACUACUCUCACAAAAGAAAAUCUUAGGUGAACCGUUCAUCCAAUAGCUUGUUUUUCUGCUCAUGCCUGUUCCCAAUGAAAGAAACAAAUCCCUGUGCAUCACAUAAGCCCUAUUUUGAGGAGUUACGCUGGCAUACAGCUGAAGUAGCACAGUAGUAAAUCGGGGUCUGAAGAAGGUGGCUGCAGUCCAGAGAGAGUAUCAAGAACUGUGAUGUGUCUGGAAGCUAAUAAGAGCAGAACUUGACAAUUAGAGCGGCCCAUUUCCGAUGCUCUUGUGUGAGGAUCUGGAAAGAGUCUCUCACUCAUUGUAAUUGUGCAUUAUGAAUGUGUCCAUCUGCAGAGAUCUAAUGUACACAUAUGUCCUGAAUAUUGUCCUAAGGUUGCAAGCUUAAAAAAAAAAAUGAGCAGAGAACAUUCCCGAGAAGUGAGAAUAAUACAGAUGUCUGUAUUUGAAAAUUUGGUUCAAAUAAAAUCUCUCACUUAUAGACA